AUGGCAGGGCCACAGGAUUACGACAUUGAGGAUGACUCGGAAAACGUGUCGAGGCGCCGUUCCUAUACGACGAGCGACGAUGAAUAUGGCGGCUCGAACAGAUCUGUUCCAUCAAUCAAGUCAAACGACGACACACAAAGAGACUUCGAGGAUCUGGACUUCCGCUUGCAGGAGGAAGACGAUGAUAAAGUUGAGGACGAUAUCCCUAGGACAUGGGAACAAAUGCAUAUGCAACACAAGAGUAAACCGCCGGUUAUGGACCACGGUCUCCUCCUCCUCUCGUAUUUGGCGACAUCUGGCAGUCCAAGGCAGAUUACAAAUUCGCCGCCAGGUUGCUCUCACAGAUCGGCGGCGCCGUUUGUCGAGCUGAAAACGCAACUUAGGAGUCGUGCGAGUCUUGCUGCAAACUUGCCCGCGCAAUUAGGAGGCGCUCCGGGUCACAGGACACAUACGUUGCAAGAAGGUCCGAGUUCGAGGCAAAUUCUCGCUCCUCACCAGGAGACCGUCAAGCUCCAGGGAAUCGACGCCGAGUUGCUGUUGAACGGUCGAAGGAUUCUCAAAAUAUUUCCAGAUCCGGAGAAUCCCGACCACUCCGACUCGGCACUUGUUCAAGCUGGAUUCCAGGUGCUGCCCAAAUCGAGGAGAGGCCAUACCCAGAUGCAGCCGCUUCGCAAGUGGCUUCUGGACAGCGACAAAAGGCAGGCUAAGUCCAGAUCCGCCGUGACCGUUAGCCGCGAGAUUGGCGUGCGGUAUCUCUGGAUCGACUCGCUUUGCAUAAUCCAGCCUCAUCAUGGCUGUUCCGAUGGCUCGGGGUGCGCCGGAAGUGAAGACUGGCGGACCGAGUCACCAAAGAUGGGGCAAUAUUACGGAGAAGCAUACUGCACCAUUGCUGCUACCUCAGCCAAAGGCUCGUCCGAGGGCUUCCUCGACACGCGGUCGCCAACACUGUGCAUCGAGCUGCCCCGCUCCUCUCCUGGUGAACGACGUUUGUGCGUGAGCGAUACGGACGACUUCAGCCGAGAUAUAAACCAAGCAGAGCUCAACCUACGCGGGGGGGUGCUACAAGAGCGGGCGAUUUCGGCAAUCACCAAGAGACUCUCCGAGACCUUCACGGCCGGAGACGUCUACGGCGUCUUUCCACAGUAUCCCGACAGGACUUUCUUGUGGAGACGGGCCGGCGAGGGUUUGGAGCGGAUCACGACCCCUUCCGGCCAGGAGCCAGUUCCGUCGUGGUCUUGGAUGGGCUCGGGUUCGGAAGAUGGUCAGAUUUAUCCAAAAUAUGAGAGGCUCGGGAUACAGGUGUUAUUCAAUCCACUUCGCAUGAGGUGA